AUGAAGCGGUCUACGUGGGUGGACGUAGAAACCGGCGGCCGGCUCGGCUGCAACGGCGAAAUUUUUUGGAACGAAUGUGCUGAGUGCGAUUGCUCUUACUGCAACCCAAACUACGUUUGUGUUUGUAGUGAUAAGAUGGAGACAUCUGGCGGGUCGGAAAGUUCUGGUGGUGAGGACGCGGAGGCACGGCGGGCGCGACGCGGGCACGUGCUCGCCGAGUUACUGCAGACCGAGCGCGUAUACGUUCAAGAACUCGGCUCAAUCCUUACCGGUUACAAAGAAGAAAUCGAGAAACCUGAAAACCAACAUCUUCUGCCCUCGGCGCUGGUGGGGCAGGCGGAUGUGCUCUUCGGUAACCUGCACGAGCUUUUCACAUUCCACCAGGACGUCUUUCUCAAAGAUCUGGAACGAUCUAUAUCUGCCACGGAACUCGUUGCCUUAUGCUUUGUAGAAAAGAGAGAGACAUUCUUCCGACUGUACAGCUACUAUUGCCAGAACAUUCCACGCUCGGAGCGGUUGCGGGAAACACUUGUGGACACACACCUGUUCUUGCAGGCGUGUCAACUUCGACUUGGCCAUAAACUGCCUCUCGCCGCUUACCUGUUGAAGCCAGUACAGCGGAUUACCAAAUACCAGCUUCUCCUUAAAGACUUACUGCGAUACAGCGAGUGUGGUUCUAUGACAACGGGCCUUCAGCAAGCGUUGGACUGUAUGCUGGUGGUACUGAAAUGUGUCAAUGAUUCUAUGCAUCAGAUUGCCAUCACUGGAGUACCUGUGGACUUAAAUCAACAAGGCGAGCUCCUAAUGCAAGGUUCCUUCUUGGUUGUGUCGGAGAAUAAACGCGACCUCCGGCUCAGAAUACGACCGCGUCGUCGCCAUAUAUUCCUUUACGAGAAAGCCAUACUAUUCUGUAAACCAGCCACAAAGAAUAAUCACAAUAAAGCCACUUACCACUUCAAGCACGAUCUCCAGAUGUCACAAGUCGGACUCACCGAGUCAGUUAAAGGUGAUCCACGCAAGUUCGAAGUAUGGCGACAAGGCAGAGCGGAAGUUCACACGAUCACAGCACCCACAGCGGAGGUGAAACGUGCUUGGGUCGAUCGUGUAAAGCGAGUACUACUAGAUCAACUGAAAGAACUCAAGGGCGAAAGAGUUAGACAAUACGGCGCUCAGCAUCACAAGACACUGAUACAGACUAGUUCAUGGGACGUGCCCGCGAGCGGUCAACCGCCUCGCGUACACCCGCCCCACUCGCAUGAUACCCGCGCCGCAUCGUGCGACGCGCACGACGAGCCCUGCUGGUCCACCGACCCCUCCGAUGAUGACGACGACGACCCAGAACACGCCCCCGCGGUGGGGUGUGGUCUGGUCGCACUAUCUGAUUACACCGCGGUGGGCGCCAGUGAAGUAUCACUGCGGGAGGGCCAACAAGCGGAGCUACUCAAGGUGGGCUGCGCGGGCUGGUGGUACGUGCGACUUGCAGGCGGUCACGGUGAAGGUUGGGCGCCGGCAGCGUAUCUCGAUCAGCGGAAGACGUCGCGCUCAUCGAGUCGUUCACACGACCGUCUGAUACACGAUCACUGA